AUGAACUGCUACUUGGAUGGCGACGAAUGUGUCGUUGUCCAGAGGAGCAACCGUCGCUACCACGCCAGACAGAGUGAAACGCACGGCAGCGUACCACCGUCUCGGGAUCCAGAUAUCUCGGGGGUCAGCACAGCGGGUUUGACGGCGGAGCAACUCAUGAGAUCAAGAGUAGCCGAGCUGGCCUCGUUCGUCAUGGCAGAAAAGUCCAAAGAUGCCCCGGACGACGACGAUCAAAUGGGUUCCCACACCGAGGACACCAGUGCCAACAGCUUGAAUUGCAAGAAUACAACGGACGCGGCCCUUCCGGGCGUGCUGCCAACCGCGAGAGCCAAAGAGGACGAAGAUCGUUUUGGUAUAUCUUUUCAAGAUAUGACCUUCAUCAAGCAACAGGGCUGCCUACAUGUGCCUGCUCGGUACUUGAUGGAAGAGUUCUUGGAAAAGUACUUUCUUCGCAUCCAUCCGUUCCUUCCGAUAAUCAAUGAAAAAGACACUUGGGGAUUAUGGAGUAUGACCGGCCCUCUCGGCGAACUCCAGAUGCCGCUUCUGCUUCUGAGAAGCAUAUUGUUUGCCUCGUGCAACUUUGUUUCGGUCGAAACGAUCCAGGCCCUUGGAUAUCGGAGUAUACGCGAGGCAAGGGCCUCAUUUUAUCGGCACGCCAAAUUGCUACAUGACUUUGAGACCGAAUCAUCGCCAAUCGUCAUGGCCCAAGCAUCACUGCUCCUCUCAUUCUGGUCGCCGGAAUCCACCAAGAAAUCCAACACUUCCUGGCUCGGCCUCGCUAUUCAACAUGCCAGAAACGCACGAGCUCAUCGCUAUGCGUCCAUGGGACGCAUGCGCUCAUCAGCUCACCAGACGCAGCAUCAUGAACAGAAUGUCCUCAAGCGAAUCACUCGAGCCCACUUCGACUUUGACACGAGUCCCUCCCUUGAGCCUUCUGAUCUUGCGGAUGAGUUCGAGCAGUCUAAAGUCUGCGCUUCUCAGACGAAGCGCCAUUUGGCCGGUGUCUUCUCCCAUUUCACAAGGCUCUGCGUUGUCUUGACGGAUAUCCUCGUUGUGGCAUUCCCUCUGAACGACAGCCCAGAGGGCUGGCAAAGGCCGCGACCAGCCGACGCGCAACUCUUGAGAGAUACUAAAACGCAUCUUCAGAAAUGGUUCGCUGAUGCGGCCUCGACGUUUCCUUCGUUCGGGCGCAGCGGUUUGUCAGACCUGCGGGCAAGAGACGAUAGCCACUCGUGCGAUUUGGUGUUCGUCUACACCAACCUAAUGUACAUGUUCUAUCACUCCGCGAGAGUGGUCCUCUGCAAUUCCGAGAUUCUAGCGCACACUCUAUCACAGAGUCGAGCCGGCUGGGACUCGAAAGCUGCCUUUCAUGAGAGUCGGUAUGAGCUUCAAAAUGCGGCUUCGGGCGUGGCAGAAUGUGUGAGGGAUAUGGUCCAAGAAGAUCUUGCACGCUGGCUGCCCAUCUCUGCUAUUGGGCUGACGGCCUUGCCUCUGGUCCUCAACAUUCUCGACGUUAAUAUGGCAGAGCUUGCCACAAGCUCAACGACCCAAUUCGACGCGGUUCUGUCACUCAAACAGCAUCGUUUGAAUGUGCUCAUCGAAGCGAUGAAGGUCUAUCGACUUCACCUGACUUCUACCUGA